UGAACGGAUUGUCCAAGUUGAUAAAGGUGGUAGAUGACUUAAGACUAGUUCUCUGUUUUUAUUAAUUUGUUUUAUUUUUCAUCGUCGUUCAAAUAUUUUAAUACAUGGCAUCCUGUGUAAGUCUUGUAUAACGUGUACUGCGAAAUGCAUUUUUCAAUUCCCGAUACACAGGAACUUAAAGAUAACCAUGGAGGAACAUAUGUGGGGUACAAUAUCCACAUCAAUGGAGCUUACCACUGUACUGUUCGAUACAGACAACUGCACAGUUUUAAUGAGCAGUUAAAGAGAGAGUAUGGGUCCACACACCUGCCCCAUUUCCCUCCAAAGAAGCUUCUUCCAUUAUCACCUCCUCAGCUAGAGGAACGUCGAAUCUUACUGGAGAAAUAUAUCCAAACGUUGACACAGGAUCCUGAUAUUGGAGACUGUAACAUAUUUAAGGGUUUUCUCUUAAGUGCACAGCAGGAAACUCAAAAUGCUGUGCAAGAAGAUAUUGAUCUGGAUGUUUAUAUGAUGAACUGGCACAAAGUGACUGUCAGAGUAAAUACGACUGACUCUACAGACACAGUUCUGCUGGAAAUAGCAAAAGAAAUUAAUUUACCAGAAGAAUUAGUGUGUUAUUUCUGCCUAUAUCUGGUCAAAAAAGUUGAAGCUGAUAUCAAAAUGGAACGAAGACUGCAAAACUUUGAAGCUCCGUUUCUGUCUCAGAAAGCUGCAGACUCAUCACAUUGCAUUGUCAUUAGAAAAAGUUACUGGGAACCAAGUUAUGAUGAAGAUAUUCUUAGUAACAAGAUAGCCCUAAAUUUGCUAUAUGUCCAAGCAGUGAGUGAUGUGGAACAAGGCUGGGUGAUAACUAAUAAACAAACAAAGCGACAACUAGCUACUCUACAGUCAAAGGGAUCCAAACAGGAGUAUCUACAACUUGUUCGUACACUCAGACACUAUGGAUACAUUCAGUUUGAACCUUGUGUCUGCAAUUAUCCUGAGCCCAACACACGAGUAGUCAUCAGCAUUGGAGGAAAAGAGAUCAACUUUAGAAUACCCGCAUCCAAUAAUCAAGUGAAAGAAGGAAGUUUUCGCAUAACCAGGAUCCGAUGUUGGAGAAUUAUAACCUCAAAUGCUAACAACCAAGAAGAGAACAGCAGCCCACAUCUUCUUGAGCUUUCGUUUGAAUACUUGUUAAGCAAAGACAAGCUCCAGUGGAUCACAGUUAAAAGUGAUCAGGCUGUAUUAAUGAGUGUAUGCCUUCAAGGUAUGGUUGAAGAGUUACUUUCUAAGAGAAAUGGAAUAAAAUUUAAGAAGCAGCCUGAACAAGGAAUUCGACGCUGUUCUUGGAGCUACAUGAAGCGUGAUGGAAGCAGUUACGAGAUUUCUGUUAGUCGGUCGUCGUCUUCUGAAGGAAUAGUGGACAAUGAGGAAGACUAUUCCAGAAGACUAAACAAAUCAAGAGAUCAUGUUAGAAAGGAGAAAUUUUCCUCGUAUUCUGUUAAGCCGUCCGGUCGCACCAGCAGUGGUAGCUUGUCUCCUGAAUCCUUAAUGGAAAAUGAUGUGUUUGAAGGGAUUGGAGAUGAUGAUCUCUAAGAGUUCUUAACUGCCAUAUGUUUACUCAGAAGUUAUUUUAAUGAUAUGAUAACAUAAACAUGUAAUCACAGGGUGUUUUAUAAACUAACUUUUAAUUUCUUUCUUGCAUCUUUAAAAUGUUCAUCUAAUUGAAUUGUUUUCAUUCUGCUAUUAAAGUAAUGUUAAACAUGAGGUCAGCUUUAUAACAUUUGGGUUUUACUUACAUGCUCAUUCUGUGAAAGUUACAAGGUUAAACAUUUUGCAAAGUAUUUACCAUUGUUUUGUGAAACAAUAUGUUUUGUAUUUAAGGAAGCCAAGUGUAAUAUUUUAAUUUUAGAAUUUUGUACACAGUAUUAUAAAGAUCAUUUUGACACAAGAUGAGAGAGAAUACAAGUAAGAGUCAUUAAAACAGUGAAAUGAAGUCUCAGUUUUUAGAAAUAGCAGAAAUAUUAAGCUACAGGCAAGGGAAAGGGUAUUUGAAGUAUCUCACAAAUUAAGGAAUUCUAGAGGUGAAUUUUGGAUAUUAUCUUCCAUACUGAACACUUACUUGUCAUCAAAGUGUUGGUUCCACUGUAAAAGAUAUCUUAAAAUUCUCUAAAAAAUUUUCCAAAUCUUUUUUUUAUUUUCUUUUUAUUUGCUGCAAGUGACAAAUGGUAGAAAAUAUAAAAUAUCCUGUUCAUUAAGUUUAAUUUUUAUAAGAAGGUAUUUUUAUCUGAAAUAAUGAGAAGGAAUUGUAAGAUGUAUAGUUUUAAUAGUUGUUCUUAAAAAUAUGGUUGUGAAUUACUGCAACUUCAAGUUUAUACUAGGUGUUCAUGAAGCUUUGUAUAUACAUUUGUUAUUAGUUCCCUUUUCCAAAUACUUGGUGAUGUUUCAGUAAUAUAAUCUCAUCAUCGAAUAGAGAUUUUGAAAUUCCAUUAAUAAAAGUACAAGCUCAGUCAUCCUGAAUGAGGAGAUAAAGUACUUAUAGAGAACCCAGAAAAAAAUGUAAAGAAAAGGUAAUGUUUGUUUGUGGACUUUAAUCCUCAUGCGGAAGUAAUGCAGGUCUUUUUGAAAUUCCAUUAAUAAAAGUACAAGCUCAGUCAUCCUGAAUGAGGAGAUAAAGUACUUAUAGAGAACCCAGAAAAAAAUGUAAAGAAAAGGUAAUGUUUGUUUGUGGAAUUUAAUACUCAUGUGGAAGUAAUGCAGGUCUGUUUACUAGUAGCAAGUGAAUGAUUAAAUACAGAGUUAACAGACUGAAAAAGUUUUUUUCUUUGAAACUGUUAUAGUUGAGAACAAUGAAUUGCAAUGUUAUUUUUGAAAAGCACUAACUACUAUUGUAGAAUGUUUAAGAGGAAGUUGUAAAAUAGAAAAAAAAGUAGAAAAGAAAGGUUAUGAAAGAGAAGUUAUGAUCAUUUAUGCUGUUAAUCAUUACUAAAAGGCCCAGCAUGGCCAGGUGGUUAGGGUGCUCGACUCGCAAUCUGAGGGUUGUGGGUUCGAAUCCCCAUCACACCGAAUAUGCUCGCCCUUUCAGCCAUGGGGGUGUCAUAAUC